UAAAAUGAUCAUGAAGCAAAAUGCAGUUUCCUCUCAACAGAGGCGAUUUUUUGGGUGAUUGGAGAACUCCCCAUCGUCAUCUUCUUCCUUCUCCCCGGAGAUUCUUUCCGACCGAUUUCAAUAUUGAUUCUAAUGACUUUAACGGCGGUUUCGUUCUGUCAUCUUCUCUCUCUGACAGUUUUUCAGUUAUCCCAAAUUUGUCGGAUUUCUGUUCUACCACCAAAGCAAAUCGAGUAUCAUGAGUGAUUUCAUACGCAAAUCGAUUCAAGACUUGGAUUUGGGAAUUGAUGACUAUCCGGUAACUUUACCGCCAGAAUUCACGGCCAGGGCUGCCGCUGUGAAUCAAUUCUCUUUGGUCGUCACGCCGGUUAAUCCUCGGAAACAGAAUUUACGGGCUAUGAUCAAUCAGUUGCCAAAGGUGUGGGGUUUCGCUAAUUCUUGUGUUGGUUGGAUCCUGGGUAAUGGAAGGGUUCAAUUCGUCUUCCGUGAUGAAGAUUCGAUGAAUCUGGUACUCCGACGUGGUCCUUGGUCGUUCAAUGAAUGGAUGGUGACUGUUCACCGCUGGUAUCCAAAUAUCACAGAGGAAGACAUGAAAAUCAUUCCGUUUUGGGUCCAAAUCAAAGGUAUUCCUCUGUUGUAUCUCACUAGCGCCAUGGCAGCGUAUGUUGGAAAUAGGUUGGGACAUGUUACAGAGGUUGACUUCAAUGAUAACGCCAAUAGGGUGGAGUUUGUGCGUGUUCAAAUUGAUUGGAAUGUAGACAUGCCUCUUAGGUUUCAAAGAAAAUUUCAAUUCAUUGUGGGGGAGAACUCUGUGAUUAAGUAUCGUUUUGAAAGGCUCAGAAAUUUCUGUACUAAGUGUGGGUCGCUCAAACAUGAUGCCAAAGAAUGUGAACUGUCCUUUGACAAUAAUGGUGAACCGCCUGAGGAAGGUAAUGAUGAUGAUUUGGAUGACGGAGCAAAUGGCGAUAGGAAUGACAAUGUGAAUGAAGGAACAUCUGAUGCUAACACUCUCCAAACCAUCGAUCCUUUUGGUCCUAUCCCAGGCCUGCAACUUAACCAGAAUCACAAUCUUACACCGGAAAGAACAUCUGCUUCUUCACUUCCAAGUGCUUUUGAGGAUGUGGAACUUACUGCAGAAAGAAUCAGAUAUCUUCAUGCCAGGUUUGUGCGUAAUACCAUCCAGAAAAAGGAAUCUCCUCGACUUUUGGUAGAGAUGGCGGAUAGCUUAGAGAGCCCUGGUCAGAACAAGAGAAAGAGGGUUACCUUUGAGAAUCUCUUACAACAAUGUGAAGCUGCUGAGGAUAAGGCGGUCCUGUGCCACAUCCGCAAGCGUGAACGUGUUGAAUCUCAAUCAAGUUAGUUAUGUAGAAAUCAAAAGCUUAAAGAACUGCACUUCUUUAUUAGAUUUAGAAAACUCUCACAAAAACUAAAUCUCUCUAUUGAAGUCUUGUAGAACAACU